AACGUUAAUAACCAUCGUACAAAUCCUUUCACGCACCUUUUCUCCUAUCUCCGCGAUCCGCCAUUUUCCUUUCUCCCUUUGAAAAUCGUGUCCCCUCUCUAAGAGAGUGGAGACAGACUUCCAUUUUUUUUUCUGGGGAAGGAAACAGAAUAGGGAAACAGAAACAACUCGUUUUUCUACGCCUUUUUUACUACACCUAUAUAUACUCCACAGACUCUUCAUUUUUUUCUCAAACCCACAAAACCAGAAAACCCUUUGCGGUUCAUAACAUUUCUUAGCUUUUUAGUCUUUGCUCGGUUUUGUUCAUCAAGCUUUAACUGAAAGGGAAAGAAAACACCAGAAAAAUGACUCGGAAUGAUAUGUUUACAGAGUCAACCAGGAAACCAACUCGCCCAACCAGACCUCGCUACUUACCUCCUCACUUGAGACCCCAAAACGCAAAUGCUGUCUUUACUGAUGCUGACACCCCUGAGUUAACUCGCCCACGUUACAACCGUUUCAGCUCGCCUCAAACCGCUCUAAACUCUAGCGGUCGAGGCCGCGGCCCUACACCCUGGUUCACCAACCGCCAAAAACCAAACUUGGACGAUGAAAAGUUCGAUGAACUAGAGGUCAUUGAUGACACCGCAGCAGGAACAAACGAAACCAACUUCGGCGCCUACGAGGACAUUCCUGUACAAGCAAGCGGCGAGAACAUACCCCCGCCGGUGCAGACCUUUGCGGAGAUCGAUUUGGGGGAUGUUUUGAAGCAAAACAUUAAGAGGUGCAAGUUCCUGAAGCCAACUCCAAUCCAACGCCAUGCUAUUCCUGUAGUGGUUGCGGGUCGGGAUUUGAUGGCUUGUGCACAAACUGGGUCAGGGAAAACGGCUGCGUUUUGUUUUCCUAUAAUAUGUGGGGUUUUGAAGAAUCGGCUGUUGCUGAGUAGUCCUGCUGGAAGCCAGGUGGCGUGUCCUCUUGCUCUUAUUUUGGCUCCUACCAGAGAGUUGUCUUGUCAGAUACAUAAGGAGGCAAAGAAGUUUGCUUAUAGGACUGGGGUUAAAAUCGUUGUUGCAUAUGGAGGGACGCCUAUUUCUCAGCAGUUUCGUAACAUAGAGAAAGGUGUCGACAUCUUAGUAGCUACUCCUGGGCGGUUGGUGGAUAUGAUUGAGAGAACCAGACUUUCUCUUAGGAUGAUAAAAUAUCUAGCCUUAGAUGAGGCAGACCGAAUGUUGGAUAUGGGCUUUGAGCCUCAGAUUCGAAAGAUUGUUGAGAAAAUGGGCAUGCCUCCUCCUGGGACGAGGCAGACAAUGCUUUUCAGUGCCACAUUUCCUGAUGAAAUACAGAAACUUGCUUCUGAUUUCCUCUCAGCCUAUGUAUUUCUGGCUGUUGGAAGGGUUGGUUCCAGCACAGAUUUGAUUGUACAGAGAGUUGAAAUAGUUCAGGAUAUGGACAAAAGUAACCACCUUUUGAAUCUUCUUCAUGCCCAAAAGUCCAAUGGAAGCCGUAGUAAGCAUCCUUUAACUCUCGUUUUUGUGGAGACAAAGAGAGGCGCAGAUGAGUUGGAACUCUGGUUGUCAAGGAAUGCUUUUCCAGCAAUUGCAAUACAUGGUGGCAAAGUGCAGAUGGAAAGAGAGCAAGCUCUGAGAUCCUUUAAAAGAGGUGCCACUCCAAUUUUAGUUGCUACGGAUGUUGCUUCACGAGGACUUGAUAUCCCUCAUGUUGCACAUGUCAUUAACUUUGACUUGCCAAAAAACAUAGAUGACUAUGUGCACAGGAUAGGGCGAACAGGCCGUGCCGGGAAUUGUGGCCUGGCUACAGCAUUUUUCAGUGACAAGAACCUGCCUCUUGCAAAGUCACUGGCUGAAUUAAUGAGGGAAUCAAACCAGGAAGUGCCAUCUUGGCUAAGCCAUUAUGCAGAGAAUUCCUCCUUUAGUGGUGGAGGUUGGGCUAAACGUGUUGGAGGCAAGUUUGGUGGUUAUGACUUCCGAAAGGGCUUUCCAUCGGGGAAUGAGAGCAAUUACCACUCGAGCACUCACAAUGAUACUCACCCUGUUCCUGCCACUGGUGAUUAUUAUGCUGCUGCUAGUGCUAGCACCCAAACGUUUCUUGGCAGUGCUGGCAUCUAUGCUGAUCCUUGUACCACAUCUGCUAAUGCCGAUUAUUUGUUUGGAAGUAAUGAAAAUCUUGAUGGUGCUGGGGCACAUGGAUAUGCAUAUAGUUAUGGGCAGGUUGUUGCCAGUGGCUGGGAAUAG